GUUGCCGAUUUGCCGUGAUCUCCGCCGAGUGGGUUUCAGGAAGAAAAAAGCUACAACUACAGACAAAACAGGCUUCCAUUCAGCUUGAGUUCCAUCUUUGUCUCUAUUGUUUACCAGGGACUACACCCUGUUUGGAACUAUACAGCACACAGGACCAUCUAGAGGCUGAAUGAUAUACUGAAUCCUCUUAGCAUAGGUAUGCCUGUUUGACUGCCGUGAUCGUGGAUGAUGGAAAAGCAACCGUCAAACAACAGUAUCCUCGAUCAGUUUAUUAAUAGCCAGGAGCAGACAUAUGAAGAAUUUCUCAGCACGUUCACUUAUCUUUGGAAAGAAGAGGUGAAAAUGAAAAGCCGAGUAUCUGAAAUGGAUUCCAUAGAAAAUACAUUUUCAAUGCUUGAGUUGUCAAACAGAAAUAAACAGAAUGUCUCUCCUGUAAGAAACAAAGAGCCAUCAGUGUCUCUCUCAUCACAGACUGUGGAUGAAGACCAGAUAAUGAUGGGUGAAGGCUGGAAAGUUGGCUGCUCUAACCAAGGUGACCUCAGUCUGGCAAGAAGACUGAAGGUGGACAAUUACUUGGAGUUGGAAGAUUUUGACACAGAUGAUGAAUUCGGUCAAGGGACAUAUAGUGCAGGGUCAUUAGUGCUUCCAGGAGAGGUGGAACAGACAGCAACUUGCUAUACACCUUCCUUUGAUCAGCCUACUAAUCUGGAGUUUGGGACCUUGUCAAUUACACAACCAUCAAUCAGCAGAACACAAGAGCUAUGUGGGGAUGAAGUUCAGCUGUUCUCCCUUGAUGAAGAAUUUGACUAUGACAGUGUGCCAUUGACCCCCAAGUUCUCUGAGGCUGAGAUGAAGGCCAUUAUAAACUUGUCUGAACAGAAAAAAAAUCAGUUCUCCUGUACAUGGCAAAAAUCCACACAAGGGACAAGAAACAGUUCAAGGUUCCCCCUUGAGUUUUUCUCCGGAUUGUUCCUUCACUGUGGGGUUUUCCCCCCUCCCAAAAUGACCAGGAUUUUGAACUGGAAAUCUCACGGAUCUUGGAGGAUUCAUCAGAAUGCAGAAACUUUAGAGGGAAAAUGUAGAAAACAGAGCUUAAAUUGUUCAUUUGUUAGUUUCAACACAAAGUCCUCUUGCACUCCUUCUCUACCUACAGACACUUCAGAACACCAAAUUUGUUAUAUUUAACAAAAAAAAUCUAAUACAUUUUCAAAUCAUGUUUAGAGCAGUUAUUUUCCCAAUACAAGUUAGUGUUAAUUAUAAUAAAGAUUAAUAAUUUUUUAAGAGGAUAACUUGCUGGCAAGUGGUGCUAAAACAGAUAGACAGACAGACACACCCACACCCACCCAUUUCUUUUAAAGUCUUUUAAUCUAACCUAUCUAUAUGAGGAUUGGGAAAACCUAGGGCAAAAUUGGGCCUUAUGUACACUUUGGAAUUGUUUUUAGAAGUCCCCACAUUACUCAGAAAUAGUGACAGGUUGUUGAAGAGGUUCAGAUAUUGGGCUCAGAGCCAAACCUUUGUGGUACAGAAAUCAACAUGGAACUAAAUUCCAUGUAUGGCACAAAUCCAACAACCCCAUAUGUUGCACAGUUUGACUAACCAACAGCUUGGAUGUCAAAAUAUCCACUUGGCUAGCAGGAUGAACUAUGCCCACUAUGGUUUUUACCACUCAUUUUCAGUAGCACUCAGUGAUAGCAUGAUUUUCACUUUGGCCCAGAUUCUUCAGUCCAAGUGAGGGCAGGAAAGGCCAAGCAGAGAGUGGAACCUGUUCAGUUUCACUUCACCAGGGGCCUGCAGCCUCUUUCAGGCUGCACCACGAAGGGUCCUAAGCCCUAGUUCAGUUGCAUGCAGGUAUGCACAUCUGCUGGUCAAAACUCCCUGCAUAAAGAAUUGUGGUGGAGCAGCUGUGGCUGCUACUGCAGCCCUGAAGCUGUAGUAUUGGAUGCAGAGUGGCAACUGAAAAGGGUUGGGCAAAGAUUCAUUUGCUCUGAUCCCAGCAGACCUCAUCAGCACAUAGUUCAUUUACUGAGGCUGACUGCUGCCGAGAGGGCUUGAAAAUGUUGGCUUCACAAACCGCAAAAAUUCAGCUCACGAUAGUUCAAGUGACACAUGAAAGAUGAGGAAACCCUUGAUAAUGAUUCUUGACAGCCUCACGAGAUGAGUUCCCUGCACCACAGAGAUGAGCACUUGUGAUAAGUAAGGGCAUUCCCACCAAUAUGAACUUUCUUGUGGUGAACUGGCAGUUAGCACAGGUGGGCGUGAGGUGCCACAUGUACCUUGGGGGUUCUCUUGAAGGGAAUGUAUCCUUUUCACGGAUUGGUUGGUUGCUUUGGCCAAUCCCUGGCAUCUGAAAUUCUACCAGGUGUUAAAUGUCUGCCUGUCCUUUCUGAAAACAAAAAGGGCGUUUUCUCUUAAAGGGCUUUAAUUAAGUUCUAAACUCCUCAAAUGAUUAUGAGUUUGGUAAAGCCGCUUGAGGAGACAUCUUGUUCUGUGUUGGCAGGACUUUUGUACAGCCAUAUCACAUGUUUAUGAUACUGUCAGAUACUAAGGAAGUAAAGUGGAGAUAUUUUAGCUUUACCACUUGUUUAUGAAAUAUUUGCAAGAAGAAAAGCAAGGGUUAAGAUGUACUGUCAUUCUUAUAGUCAAGCUAAUUUAUAUGAGAUCACAUGGACUCACAGCUAAAAGGAAAUCAAUUGUAAUAAAUUCUGA